AUGGCCAACAUUCCCAAACUUCCCACCCGCAAGCUGGGCAAGAACGGGCCCGAAGUGACAGCAAUCGGCUUUGGGACAAUGGGCCUGAGCGCAUUCUACGGCAAACCCAAGCCCGAUGAGGAGAGAUACGCACUUCUCGACCAUAUCUACCAAUCCGGCGAACUGUUCUGGGACACAGCCGACAUGUACGGCGACAGCGAGGACCUGCUGGGCCGAUGGUUCAAGCGCAACCCGGGAGCACGGGAGAAAAUCUUCUUGGCCACCAAAUUUGCGAAUUACCAAGACCCCAAAACCGGAGAGCGAAGUGUCCGUAAUGAACCCGAGUAUAUCCGCGAAGCGUGCGAGCGGUCCCUGAAACGGCUGGGCGUCGACCAUAUUGAUUUGUACUACUGUCAUCGACUGCAGGCCGACCAGCCUAUUGAGAUUACGGUCAAAGUCAUGAAGGAGUUGCAAGAUGCCGGAAAGGUCAAGUAUUUGGGUCUGAGUGAGUGUAGUGCCGACAGUUUGAGGAGAGCUUGCAAGGUCGCCCACAUCGACGCCGUACAAAUGGAAUAUAGCCCCUUCUCGCUGGAGAUCGAAGACUACGGUCUCCUCCAGGCAUGUCGCGAACUCGGUGUUGCCACGGUCGCAUAUUCACCGCUUGGCCGGGGGUUCUUGACUGGCGCCAUCAAGAGUCCCGACGACUUCGAGGAGGACGACUUCCGCAGGCUCGCGCCUCGGUUCAGCCCCGAAAACUUCCCCAAAAACCUGAAGCUCGUGAAUGAGAUCAAGAACCUGGCCGAGCAGAAGGGAUGCACGCCCGGCCAACUGGUGCUUGCGUUCCUCUUGGCCCAGGGUGACGAUAUCAUUCCCAUUCCGGGCACGACCAAGAUUAAGAACUUUGAUGAAAACAUGGCUGCUUUGAAUGUCAAGAUCACAAAGGAGGAUAAUGACAAGAUCCGCGCGGCUAUCAAUGCCGCCAGCGUGCAUGGAGAGAGAUAUCCCAAGGCGUUUGGAACGGCUCUCUUCGUCGAUACUGUUCCGCUGAAAGAGUGA